AAUUUUGGAAAAGAUUUGUUAGUAUAGACUUAGAAUUCGUAUUAGCUCCGAUUUUGAGGGAUUGUAUACAUUUUAAUUGGAUCAAAUUUCAUAGGGGAAAAUUAAUAAUGUGGGUGAAAACCUACAGUAAUUUUUUCAUUUCAUAGUUUCUCUCAGAAAACUAGCUUGGGAGGGAAAGGUGUAAUACCUGAUUUUCACAAUUGUGUGAUCGAAACCCCAUUUUUGGAAUCAAUUUCCUUGUUCUUUCAAUUUUUUCUCGAAAUUGGAUUCGCAUACUGCUGCUUGAGGAGUUUGAUUUCGUAAAAGCAUCGAAAAACCCUAAAUUUGAUUUGGAUGGCAGCGUCGUUGGAGCCUCCGUCUACUUUCUUUGAUGAGGAUCAUUAUCGCAUGUUCGUGGAGUCCAUGGAGGCGCAAGGCGCGUAUUCGCCUCCUGGCCCUUCAUCUGUGGGCAUUGUUGAUUACGAACGGCCUGAUUCGCGCUAUUAUUUGACUGCGUAUGAAUCUGCUGCUGGUGCGCCGAAGAAGACGGUCUGGAACAAGUCUUCGAGUGGGGCAGCUGGCAAGGUUGGUGCGGUGAUGGGGGCGGAGGCUUGGCCUGCUCUCUCGGACACUGCUCGUGGAUCCCCCAAGUCUCCGCUAGUUUCGUCAAAUGGAGAGGGAGUAGUAGUAUCAGACACUAGCAUCUCUCCUCAAAACCACACGGCUACGAGUGGCAGUUACAGUAUGAAACACAUCAGAUUUGAGGCUGAUGGCACCAUAUCUCAAGCUCCUUGCAUCAUAGGAGCUUUAGCUGAAUCACAGAAGCAGAAUGCUGGAAAUUCUGGGCAGAGAGAGAGAUCAUUUGGUGGUAAUGAACAGCAGUCACAGCAUCGUUCUUUUAGGGGUAAUAAUAAUGGGCCACAAGCUCGACCUGAUGGUUCCUACCAUCAUAGACACGGUGGAAGACGUGAUCAUAAUCGGAGGGAAAGCUUUGCAUCUCAGAAGAGAGAUGGUUCUAGGCCCUUUGUACGCGGCCCAGCCCCAAGUUGGCCUUUUGUACCUCCUCCAGUAGUUAUGCGACCUUUUGUAAAUCCCAUGGUUUACCACGAUGUUUUGAUGAAUCUUGCAGAGAUGCCACAGGUAUUUUUUGUCCCUGGCCCCCACCUAGAUUCACCAAGGCCGCCACCUAUGGUCUCAUAUACGCCACUUUUGUUUCCUGUGCCCGAUCCUCACUUACUUAACAAGAUUUUGAACCAGAUAAACUAUUAUUUUAGUAAUGAGAACCUGGUCAAGGACAUACAUUUGCGCAGGAACAUGGACCGUGAAGGAUGGGUGUCUGUUCACCUUAUUGCUGGGUUCAAUAAAGUCAGGCAGCUGACAAACAAUAUUCACCUUAUAUUAGAUGCCUUACAAGCUUCCUCUAUCAUCGAAGUGCAGGGUGAUAAAGUGAGACGCAGAGGUGAUUGGCUUAAAUGGUUGAUGCCGCCUACUCAAAAUCCUACCACAAGCCCUGCAGUUUAUGCUUCUAGUCAGAAUAACUAUUUAGAAGAUAUUGGCUAGAGACCUGCCCUGCUUAACGCCGUAUGGGAACUCAAGCCACCCAAACUGCGUAGCGUGCAUUUAUCCAAGAUGCAUUUGAAUGGAAAACAAUCCCCAUGUCUCCCCCCUUGGCACAAUUUUGUUUGCUUUUAUUUUAGGAGAAAACAGGAAAAAAAGAACCCUGGCAGCAUAUGCCGGAACGAUUAUUUUAAGCAGCAGGCAUCUGAUUUUGAUCACAAAUGUGUGACGGAAUGAUGUCUUUCUCCUUACUGACAGCGGCUUCACUUCUUGGUUAAUCACAAAUAAGAGAACAAUUGGUAGAAAAUUAUUUGUAGUUGGAAUUUUGUGACUUUAUAGCCUGAUUUUUCAGGUUCAAUUUUUGUUUCCAACUUUCCGAUGAGUUUUUUCUUUACUUUCUUCUUGCCUAGCUUUAUAAUUCAUAGAAAUGAGAUAUGUACAGAAUAAGUCCAAUUUGUGAGCCAAUGCUUGGAUUUGUUGAAGGUGUUUCAUGUUUUCUUCA